GUUCUCUCCGGUUCUCUCCCCUCCAGAGUGACCAAGCCGUCUCGGCGGAUCAACCCCACCCCGGUCAGCGCCGAGAGGCCCCACUCCAAGCCCAAGAGCUGCUUCACCUCCACGCCGUUCAGUCGGCCCCCCAGCCCCCCCCCGCCCGGGGCGGAGGCGCUGGGCGGGGCCCUCGUGGCCGGGGGGGCCCUCAGCCUCCAGGAGGAGCGGGUGCUGCUGAGGGAGGAGAAGAACAAGCGAGCGCAGGUGGUCAGCUCUCCUCUGAAACUCUCGGUGGAUUCUGCCACCCCGACCAAGUCAGUGAUGCCCAGGAUGGGGUCAAAGGUCACCCCGGACGCCCUGGUUGUGUGCCCUGACCCCUCCAAGGUCACCAUGAUGGCCGAGCUGGACCUGCUAGCAGAGGUGUACUGCACCUGCAUUUCCGAGAACCUGGUGCCCAACAUCUUCCUGGAGCUCUUCUUCAUGGUUCAGCUGCUGACGUCUCGGUCGGCUGCCACCACAGAGGAAGAGGAGCAGAGUGUGUGUGUGGUGAAACCAGACAUGCUGGAGAGCGGUUUCCUCCGCCAGGUACACAACUGCGUGUAUUUCGCGGUGAGGGUGCUGGAGAACCAGUUUCAGUUGGUGACCCACCUGGACCGGGUCACCCUACGGCUGCUGGCGGAGAACGAGAGGGUGACCUGUUUCUCCCCCUCUCUGAGGGAGCGUCUGUCCAAGGCCCAAGGCACCAGCCCCGCCACGCUGUCUCCCUCGGCCUCCACCUUCAUCUACUCGGUCCCCUUCCAGCCCGCCACCGACAACCGCUCCAACUUCAGCAGCGACAGGGCCUUCCACGUCUUCAAGAAGCAGAGGGACAUCUUCUACGAGGUGCUCCGCGAGUGGGAGGACUUCCACAAGGAGCCUGGCUGGAACUUUGAGGCGGCCCUGGGAGGAAGAGUCAGGGCGAUGGUGAGCCAGCUGAACUCCGCCGGAAACCAUUCCCACUUCGCCCGGCUGUUCCUCAAGCAACUUGUGCAGAUGUGCAAGGGGCCGCGCUCCAACGCGCCCCCCGUGGACCCCCCCGACGCCGACCUGCUGGGCCUGCUGGGAGCGGACAGCCUGGGCCGACUGAAGCGCCUGGAGGAGAGGCUCAGCCAGCCGCACUGCAUUGUGGGUCCGUGCCCGCCCCCCUCCUUCCCCGGGCACCAGGAGUUCUUCAGGGACGUCCUGCAGACGGCCAGCUGCUGCCAGCUGAACCAGCACCUGAAGGACCGCCUCUGCCAGCAGCUGCUGCAGCUGGACGAGGUCUCCAUCCUGGGCCCCGGAGCAGCCUCGGUGGGGGAGGGGGAGGAGGAGGGGGGAGGAGGGGAGAGAGACCUGGAGCAGCAGGAUGAGAAGCAGCGUUUCUCCUCGGUGCUGCUGCUGGCGCGCCUCCUGGCUAAGUUCCUGGGCUUCCUGUCCUUCCUGCCGUACCAGAGCCCCGAGCGGCCCCCCAGAGAGCUCCAGGAGGCCGCCCUGGCCCUGCGCAGCAAGAGCGCCCCGGUGCUGGAUGUGUGCGGGCUGCUGCGGCGCUGCGUGGGCCGGGGCCGCGCAGUGCUCACCCUCCCCUGGAUGGUGGAGUUCCUCUCCAUGAUGGACUUCACCGGGCCGCUGCUGCCCUGCUACCGCAGCGCGCUGGGCUCUCUGCUGCUGCUGUACAGGGGUCUGGUCCUGGGCCGGGGGGGCGGGGUGUGUUACCUGAACAAGCUGCUGAUGGUGGCCGCGCUGGGCUGGCUCUUCCAGAUCCCGGUUAUCCCGGAGGACAUCUUCUUCACCAGUGACUUCACCGACGUGGCCCGGCUGGAGGACCCCCCCACCGGGGUUCAGGGGCUGGACUGCCUUCCUCUGGUGGACCAGCAGCUGCUGUACGUCUGCUGUCCCUUCCUGGGCGAGUUCAGGAAGAUCCUGGCCGCCUUCGUGUCGGGCAGCGCCGCCAAGAGCAGCGGGAUCUUACGGAAGAUCACGCCCACGUCGGCCGAGCCGCGGGACGCACCCAUCGCCAACCGGUCCCAGCAGAAGCUCCAGGUGGACCUGGAGCAGGCGUUCUUCCAUAACCAGCCCCCGUCCCUCCGCCGCACCGUGGAGUUCGUGGCGGAGCGUGUCGGCUCCAACUGCGUCAAACACAUGAAGGCCACGCUGGUGAGCGAGCUGGUGCAGCGAGGGGAGGAGCUUCUGAGGGCGGGGCUGCUGUCCCCGGGCGCCAGCGGGCCCAAGCUGCACGAGGCCAUCGGGGCCCAGCUGAGCGACCGCGGCAUGGAGGCCCCCGCCAGGGCCACCAGGUUCUGCAGCGACAAGAGUCCAGAUGCCAUCAGGAACCUUCUGCCAGUGGAAACUUCUCCCGUCGUGUUGACCACGUCGGAGAACAUCACCAAGCGCCUGGCCACGGAGAAGGCCUGCAGCUGGCUGGCGGCCAACAUCACAGCCCUGAUACGACGAGAGUGGAAGAGCCGCUUCGACCGCGUCAUGAAGUCCAUGGACGCGCAGGGGGCGGGGCUGGAGCCGGCCAAUCAGGCGCAGCCCAGCACCCCCAAGAGGAAACCGGGAGGCGAGCGAGCACUGGUCUGUCCGACGGCCUGCCCCCACGCAGCCCCCCUCCCCUCAGACGUCCUCAUCCAGAUGAAGGAGGUGCUCAGUGUGGGCGUGGGGCCCAGGACGGAGGCGGAGCUGCCCACCGGCCCUGAGCUCAGGGCUCUGCUGGGCCGGGUGGGAGAGGCCCUGGCCUGUAGGAAGUUCCUGACCCCGGUCUCCGAGCAGAUGCUGCUGCGCUCCACGGUGCUGUUGGCGUGUCAGAUCGUGGGCGGCGACCUCCCCGUUCUGUCUCCCCAGGGCGUCGGCGACGGAGAGCCUGGCCCCUCCCCGGGGGCGGGGCCAGGGGAGGGGGGCGGGGUCCUGGAGGCCCUGGCUGACCUAUGGGAGAGGGAGUGCUGCUGGGCCACGCCCCUCCACCUGCUCUUCAGCGAGCUCAACGUCACGGCCGUGCUGCGGGCGCCGCCCGACGGGUUGGACAGCUAUGAGUUCCUGGUCCGACGGCUGCUGGCCAAAGGCCUGCUGGGAGAAGAGGAGCUGGCCUCUCAUUGGAGGAAACUCUCCGGUGUGUCGCCCAUACAGGUUUUUACGGAGAAGUUUGAGCUGCUGCCAUUCCUGCUGGUCAAGCCGGCCAUGGCUUUACCGGAGACACUGAGCCCGACCGGCCAGUAGAGGGCGCCCUGGCACAGAACAAACGCUUCGCUCUCUCUCUCGCUCUCUCUCUCUCUCUCUCUCUCUCUCCCGUGUUUUAUUCAAAAGGGUUCACAAAGUUGUGUUAUCUUUUUGUGUGUUCGGUUUUGCUUCAUGAAACGCCAAACUGAUUUUAUCAAUAUUUCGGUUUUUGGGGUUUUGUUCACUGUUCUAUUUCAACACUGUAUUUCCGCACGUCUUUCACUGUGUAUUGUCCACCUGUGGACGCUUGUCGCGAGCCUUCGCUCCUUUUGUAAAGGUGCGAAUGGGGGCCAAAGUCCCGCCACUCAGGAUUAGUAGCCAGGGGGAGAUGUGCACGAAUGACUGCAAAAGAAGCCCCUGUAUGCAAACCUGGAUAACCGAUUUUCCCCCAGUGAGGAGAUGGUUAGAAAAGCGACUGCGUUGUCUGCCAAGAUGUAUUAUCGGGUCCGGGGUCCCAACACACGCGGGGGGAAAUGUGGGGUUGACCUUAUAGCUUUGAUUCAAAGAUGAGAGAAUAAAUGUAUUAAACGUUUCCUUGGCUCGAACUGUUCACCCACUGCCUUCAACGACCGCCCUACUGUUGGUUCAUGAUUUGAUUCUUUAAUGCAAGUUUGCAUUUGGGACGAUUUUCCGUAUUUUAGUUCACGUUGAACGUGUUGUAUAUUCCGCUGCUUUUAAAUUGGAAUUAUUUUGUAUGUUAUGAAUUAAAUAAUAAAGAUGUGCUGUCUUACCAGUG